UUCCUUCCAACGCAUUGCGGCACUUGGGAAAUGAAAUGCUGCUUGUCUGUGUUACUGGUGCUUUGCAGCGUCUCCGAAUUGCCGGCUGCCCUGUCAGGGCCCAGGCAGGUGGCCCCCGGCGACCCCCCAGCUCUCCAGCACUCUUUGUGUCCAUUUCCAUCAGCCGCCCCGUCCUGCUGAGCGGAGCUGAGCUGAGCUGAACUGAACUUGAUACCCCGCGAGACGGGCCUUCCUUGAAAUGUUUGCCGCAGGGUUUUGUUGAAAGGGCUGAAGGCUGAAGUGACCUUUUCACGAGCAGGUGAGGUGUCAGGUGCUGUUUGCGGACCUGUUGAAGAAGGGCUUUGAGCUGCUGUCGUCGGCCGGGUCCAGACCCCCCUCCCCCCCGGUGGCCCCGGCUGUGCGGCUCCGCGGGUACCAGCUCGGGGCUUUUCUACCUUUCUUCUACCUUUCCUUUCAGUUCUUCCGCUCCAUUCUCGUAGAACAGAAGGCGCACUUUUCUCUCACACACACACAAACACACACUCUCUGUGUGACACCGCACGGCCCACGGUUCCCACGUGUGUUCGAAAGAUGAGCGAUAAAUCUCAUUUGGCGCGUCACGGGUUUCGCAGAAUCACGUUCGCGCGCAGAGCUCAUCGUCAUGUCCUUGUACUUCUGCAAUGAAAUUGUUUCAACGAUUUAAUCAGAAAUGCCCGUUAACGCGCUGCUCUUUUAAAACUUUUUUCCGACGCGCUUUUCGCUUAGUAGCAACCCCCAUCCACCUCUGACCCGCAUGUGUUACUCGGCCAAAAAGAAAUUCGUGUUUUUUUUUUUGUUUUUUUCUUUUUUUUUUUUUUUUUUGCGAACCGGACGCGUCGGAACACCAAACGUCCCUUUAAAUCCAUUCUCGGCCGCGCGGGAGUUCGUGCCUCGAGAAGCGGGAAGAAGAAGGUUCCUUUCGGAGUAAAUGAAGCUUCGCGGAAUAUCUCGUGUUUUGAUCAAGAUGAAGCCAUUUCCUCACUCGAAGACAAGCGCUCCUUUUUCCACACACGACUGCGAUGAGGGACACAGGUUAGGGACCGUGGCGACUGACGCGCGCGCGCGCGCCCGCGCCACCAAAAGCCCUCGUCCCGACAAGAGCAGCCCGUUCUCGGCAGGAGAAAUGUGGCAUUGCCGCAUUCCCUUGUCAUUAAACCCAAUAAUUAACGUCGCGUUACAAGGGAUAGCUCAGAAAAAAAGGGAUAUUCAUAAGUACUUAAUAGCGGGGUGUGGGUUAAUCAAAAGUUUAUGAAAACAUUUCGCAUGAAAAAUGGAAAGUCGUGCACAUGAUGAUUUACACUUCCGAAGGCCAAAGGAAAAGAAAAAUCUGGAUGUGGGAAUCAUGCUGUUUUCGCAGCGCUCCUUUCAGACUGAGGGAUGCAUCCUCCUGCGUGGAAGCGUCGCGCUCCUCGCGGGUGCCGUGCCAGGAAUGAUGCGGUGCGGUCUGCGGGUCGCGGGGCCGGUCAGUGUCGCCCUCUGGCGCUCUCGGGUUGCCGAAGUGGGCGGAUUGCAGCGCCUCUCUGCCCAAUGGCAGCCGCGGCUCUCGCGUGCCACCCGAAAGCCCUUAAAGCAUCAUCCGCACUCGGAGAGGAGAGGCAUAGAGUGCAGCAGCUCCCAGCGCUCAGGAUGACCGGCUCAGCCCCCGCGGCCGCCCCGUACCCACGGCCCAGGCAAGAAGUGGGCGCUGCGCGGCACUGCUAGCACUAGCGCUCCACAGACACGCACACGCACACGCACACGCACACACACGCCGGACGACCGGACCCACAAAGGCUGCACGAGAGGAAAAAAGGAAUUACUGCUUCAAGAGGGGAGGAGGAGGAGGAGGAGGAGGAGGAGGGAGCAUCAUCAGUUCGAUGCCAACAUGAUCAUCUUCUCGUCGCGCAGCGUGCUGCUCUCAGUGUACUACCCGCAGAUCUUCCUCAUCCUCACCAGCGGCAGCUACCUGGCUCUGUCCUCCGUGGUGGCCCUGGGCGCCAACAUCAUCUGCAACAAGAUCCCAGGCCUUGCCCCUCGACAGCGGGCCAUUUGCCAGAGCCGCCCCGAUGCCAUCAUUGUCAUCGGUGAAGGUGCCCAGCUGGGCAUCAACGAGUGCCAGUACCAGUUCCGUUACGGACGCUGGAACUGCUCGGCCCUCGGCGAGAAGACAGUUUUUGGCCAGGAGCUUCGAGUAGGCAGCAGAGAAGCAGCGUUCACCUACGCCAUCACGGCAGCGGGUGCGGCCCAUGCAGUCACAGCAGCUUGCAGCCAGGGUAACCUGAGCCACUGCGGGUGCGACCGUGAGAAGCAAGGCUACUACAACCAGGAGGAAGGCUGGAAGUGGGGCGGCUGCUCGGCCGACAUCAAGUACGGCAUUGCCUUCUCCCGUUGGUUUGUGGAUGCUCGAGAGAUAAAAAAGAACGCCCGGAGGCUGAUGAACCUCCACAACAACGAGGUGGGCAGAAAGGUCUUAGAGGAGCGGAUGAAGUUGGAAUGCAAAUGCCAUGGUGUUUCUGGCUCCUGCACCACGAAGACGUGUUGGACCACCCUGCCCAAGUUCCGGGAGAUUGGCUACAUCCUGAAGGACAAGUACAACAAGGCCGUGCACGUAGAGGUGGUGCGGGCCAGCCGGCUGAGGCAGCCCACCUUCCUGAAGGUAAAGAAGAGCCAGGGCUACCGUAAGCCCAGUGAGUCAGACCUGGUCUACAUCGACCGCUCACCCAACUACUGCGAGGAAGAUGCUGCCACCGGCAGCGUAGGUACCCAAGGACGGCUCUGCAACCGCACUUCCCCGCAUACAGACGGCUGUGAUCUGAUGUGCUGUGGCCGGGGUUACAACACACACCAGUACACCAAAGUGUGGCAGUGCAACUGCAAGUUCCAGUGGUGCUGCUUCGUCAAGUGCAACACCUGCUCCGAGCGGACGGAAGUGUUCACCUGCAAGUAAUGCCCGAGGUCGGGGGGGGGGGAGGGGGCAGAAGAACAGGAGCAAGAGCGGUAAAAAUGGGUCUGCCUGUGGCUGAUGCAAGGUGAGAAGGAGAAGUCAUCGGCGGGGCAGACUGAACGGUGACGACUCAAGGCAUAAGAAUCAUUCUGGAGACCGAUUCUGAACAAGAUCCUACAUGGGUGGAAUUUACGAUAUCAUGGCAUUGUUUGCACAUUGAAAUCUAUAUUCAGAUAUAAAUAGGUAAAAUCCCACUUUACUGAAAACAAGAAUGAUCCGUUCUUAUGCACUGAUCUGUCUACAUUGACUGAAGUGGUGACUUACAGGAUACAAAAUAGUGCCCUGAUCGCAACCGUACAGAGUGCUCUGGGAUUUCUAGUUCUGUAGUGUCAUGAUAAGUUCGUAAAGGAGACACAAGGAGACUCAAGAUCCCAGGAUGCUGUGGAACCCAGCACCACAUUUCCUAUAGGCUGUGGUGAAUGAGACAACGAUUUUGUAGUGUAACCAUCAAUCAGUUUAUCGUAAUAAACCCAGACUUUCUGGUGGCAGGAGAAAGGAAGUGAUGCACAAACUGGAAUGCCAUUUUUAAGCUCAGUUAAAAUGAAGAAUGCUUGGCGCGGUGCCUUCGGGCUCACUGAACGCUGACAUUGCAUGAACAGGGAAGAGCGUGUUUGCUGUCCAGUCACACUGAAACUGUUUGUUUGAACACUGAAAUUAUUAAAAUGUUUAUUUAUGUUUAUUUAGUAUCUUUUUAAACAGAGCACUAACGGGUAGAAAUGUCUUAUUUUGUACUAAGUGUAAAAAAAGAAACUUUUUAGAAACCGACUGAAGGUGCAUAUCUUUUCUAACGGCCCCUGAUCCUUCUUACCACUGGUUUCAUUUCUACUGAUCUAUCGACUUUAGCAGCUGGGGAACACAAGCAGUGCACCUCAACAUCCAGACAAUGGGCAUCAAGUUGGCUGUAGCAUAGAUUGUGUUCGGAGGAAUACAUAACUAACUGAGUUACUUUGAUUUCUUCUCACUUCCAAGCAUUUCAGCCAGACAGUAACAAAGACACCAUUUUCCUUUUUCUUCACCAUUAUCCUUCAUCAAUGUAUUUGGUGUGAAACAAACAUGUCGUUGGUUGUGUUGUCGAGCGCUGCACUGAAAUGUUUUCUAUUCUAUGACUAAGAAAGCCAAAUAAAUUUCAGUUUAAAUGAGGUUUGGCGUGCAGAGGCGUAGUUACCGAUGGUGAGCCGUUUUGCCGGGAGCUGAGACAGUAAUUGGCCAAAAAGUUCUCUUAAAUCACCAGUAGGAACACAAUGGAGAUGCACCACAUGCUAUGACUUGUCAAGUCAAAUUCCAAUUUCAAAGUCCAUGUAGCCUGCAGAUGUGGUCAGCAGGAUGGAAGAAAACCUAAAGGGUCAACUCUAUCUCUUAUA